AUGUUCAUGAAUCCUGCUGAUCUGGCGGUCCUUUUUGCGGUAAUCAUUGCUGUGGUGACUUAUAAAUGCUUCGAUAAGAUCAAAUCAUUCCUGUCUUUUGACGAUUCGUCAGUAACAAUCCAUUCUUCAUCCCGUGACAUUGCUGCUGUAUUAGAGGAAAACGACAAGAAUUACUUGGUUCUCUACGGUUCACAAACUGGUACCACCGAGGAUUAUGCCAGGAAAUUUAGUAAAGAGUUAGCUGCAAAAUUUGGUCUAAAUGUAAUGUGUGUCGAUGUAGAAAAUUACGACUUCGAUACAUUGAACGAGUUACCUGAUAACGUCCUUGUCUCACUUUUCUUUUCAACUUAUGGUGAAGGCGAUUUCCCAGACGGUGCAGUCAAUUUUGAAGAAUUCUUAAACUCAGCAUCCGAUGAUACUUUAAAUAAUGUUAAAUUCACUCUAUUUGGUUUUGGUAACAGCACUUACGAAUUUUUCAAUGGUGCAGCUGAAAAGGCCUUAAAGGGUUUAACUGCAGCAGGUGCUACUUUAAUCGGUAGAAUGGGAGAAGCUGAUGACGGUAAGGACUCUACUGAUGAAGAUUACUUGACUUGGAAAGAAGAGAUUUUUGAUGAAUUGAAAAAUUACUUAAAUUUGGACGAACAGGAUUCUGGUUUCAAAGCCUCUUUUGAGUUAACUAAAUUGAAUAGCGUCGACAACGGCACAUCUCUCGGUGAACCUUCCAUAAAGUAUUUGCCGGCUAACAAGUUAUCAUACAAUUCGGACGGGCAACAAAUGGGUCCAUUCGACCCUUCGCAUCCUUAUAUUUCUCCAAUUGUAAAAUCACAUGAAUUAUUCAAAAGUCUAGAUCGUAACUGUAUUCAUACUGAAUUCGAUAUUUCUGACUCUGAUAUGACUUACACUACUGGUGAUCAUUUAGCCAUAUGGCCAUCUAAUGCAGUUGAAAAAGUUGACCAGUUUUUGUCUGUCUUCAAUUUGCUACCUGAUACUGUAUUUAAUCUUAAGCCACAUGAUUCUACCAUUGACUUACCAUUCCCAUGUCCUACCACCAUUGGUGCCGCUGUGAAACAUUAUAUUGAAAUUACUGGUCCAAUCUCAAGACAAAGUUUUUCACUCUUAGCUGAAUUUGCUCCAAAGGAAAUUAAAGAAUACGUUGCAAAACUAGCAAAGGAUAAGGACGCAUUCCACAAAGAGAUUACAUCGAAAAAUUUCAAUUUAGCUGAUGCACUAUACUAUUUGUCACAAGGUAAGCCAUGGACAGAAGUCCCAUGGGAAUUCUUACUAGAAACCAUUCCACAUUUACAGCCACGUUAUUAUUCCAUCUCAUCAUCAUCUAAAUCCGAACCAACUGUCGUCCAUGUAACUUCCAUCGUUGAAAACACAUCUAAUCCUUUAACUGGCUCUCCAACUGUUGGUGUCACGACCAACCUUCUAAGAAACAUUCAAAUGGCAAAGUCAUCACAAAAUACAAAACUUCUUCCUGUUACUUAUGAUCUAAAUGGCCCACGUAACCUUUUUGCCGACUAUAAAUUACCUAUUCAUGUCCGCCAUUCUGCCUUCAAAUUACCAAAUGAUUUGUCCGUUCCAGUCAUAAUGAUUGGUCCUGGUACUGGUGUGGCUCCAUUCCGUGGUUUUGUUAGGGAACGUGUUCAUUUGAUGGAAUCUGGUCAGCCAACCUCAGGUAAAAUGAUGCUAUUUUAUGGUUCAAGAGAUGAAACAGAUUUUCUAUACGAAAACGAAUGGCCUGAAUACAGUCAAAAAUUGGAUGGAUCUUUUGAAAUGGUUGUGGCAUUUUCGAGAACCCAAAAGGAGAAAAUAUACGUACAACAUAAGAUGCAAGAACGUAAGAAAGAUAUAUAUGAUUUGCUAGACAAGGGUGCCCACGUAUAUGUUUGUGGAGAUGCUUCCAGAAUGGCUAAGGAUGUCCAAAAGACGAUUGCAGAAAUCCUCGUCGAAUUUAGAAAUGUGUCAGAACCCACAGCUAGUGAAAUUAUCAAGAAUAUGAAACUUGCAGGUAAAUAUCAAGAAGAUGUAUGGUAA